AAAAUAAAGUUGUCUAUUGAUUCGUCGUUUGCCCCACCGACAAGUGAGACUUUUCAUUAAAUUAAUCGUUAAUUUAUGAUAUACUGAGUGAAAAUCCUACCAAAAAUAGUAUAAAUGUUAUAAGACACUUCUAUAACAAUUGUUUUUGUGCAAUAUUAUACAUUUGGAAGAUCUGAGGGGUCGAUUAGUGCUAAGCUCAUUUGGUGUCUCUUUGGCUUUCGAGUUUCGAUCAGAUUUUCGCACGUCCUACAAUAAACAAUCAUUAGAUUUUGUAGUGGUGGUGCGUCGUGAAUCGAUCGGUGUGGUGUUAUUGCGAGAGUGCAGUGUAUGUGGUGCAGUGCAGUGGUCCCAGUGCUGGCCGCAAUGUAUCAGUGAAGGCGAGUGCGGUGACCGACCGGAUCCGUAGCUGGGGGUGUCAUGCUGGAGACGCGGUCGGCGCGCGCCGCAGACUCGGUGUGGGCGAACAAGCCGCUGCCGGCGCCGCACGCCAUGGCCAACACGAGGCACGGGAAAAACGCACAGGAUGACGUGUGCUACGUGGUAGCUAAGUACGACUACGCGGCCCAGGGUGCGCAGGAGCUGGACCUGCGCAAGAACGAGCGCUACCUGCUGCUGGACGACUCGAAGCACUGGUGGCGCGUGCAGAACGCGCGCUCCCAGUCCGGGUAUGUGCCCAGCAACUACGUCAAGAAGGAGAAGCCUUCGCUGUUUGACAGUAUCAAGAAGAAGGUGAAGAAAGGCUCCGGUUCGAAGACGUUGCCGUCGAACAGCUCGCCGGUGCGAGGCGGUGGUGAGGCGGGCGGGAGGCGCGUGGAGCCCGCCGACGCGCUGGGCACGGCCGUCGUCAAGUAUAACUACCAAGCCCAGCAGCCCGAUGAACUGUCCCUCACCAAGGGCACGAGGAUCCUCAUACUUGAGAAGAGCAAUGAUGGCUGGUGGCGGGGACAGUACCAACAGCAUACUGGAUGGUUUCCAUCGAACUACACGAGCGAGGAGGGCGACAACGAGGACCCGGUGCACACCUACGCCAUGGCCGAGAACGUGCUCGACAUCGUGUGUCCCCCGCAGGUGGCGCUGUACUCGUUCACGUCGAACAACGAGCAAGAGCUGUCGUUCGAGAAGGGAGACCGCCUCGAGAUCAUCGAGCGGCCGCCCUCCGACCCCGAGUGGUACCGCGCCCGCGACUCGCGCGGACACGUGGGGCUCGUGCCGCGCAACUACCUGCAGGAGCUGGCCGACUACCUCACGCAGCCCUACGACGCCGCCGGGCCCUCGGGCCCCGCCGGCCCGGCCGGGGGCCCGGCGGGCCGCGCCUGGUACUUCGGCGCCAUCUCGCGGACGCACUGCGACGCGCUGCUCAACACGCACGGCCACGACGGCGACUUCCUCAUCCGCGACUCGGAGACCAACGUGGGCGACUACUCCGUGUCGCUGAAGGCGCCGGGCCGCAACAAGCACUUCCGCGUGCACGUGGAGGGCAGCCUGUACUGCAUCGGCCAGCGCAAGUUCCCGGCGCUGGAGCAGCUGGUGCAGCACUACCAGCGGGCACCCAUCUACACCAACAAGCAGGGCGAGAAGCUGUACCUCGUGCGUCCGCUGCCCAAGGCCACGCAGCCCUGCUGAACCCGCAGCCGCCACGCCCACUAUUUACUCCUUCGUCUAGUUCAGAGCUUCCGUAUAUGCAUUGUCAAUUUUGUACCGUUCGUAUCCGGGUUUUGCACGAAAGUAGUCCAUCUGUCGAGUCGGGCAGAUUCCCGAGCGAUUCGCAUCAUUCAAUAGUACAAUGUCGCGCGAAUCUGUCCGUUGCUGAACACCUAUUGUACUAUGACUUAGUACGAUACGGCGUUGAUGCAACGCCUAGACUUAAUUACAACAAUAACAAAACCAAAAAUUGGCUUCUUUAUCUCUAUUAGUGUUUAAUAACAUUUUAUAUCAUAUUAUUUAGGUAAGUUGGAUAGUGUAAUUUUUACAAUGAGUUAUAGUUAACUGUGUUUACGCAUAUGUAAUCGCUGGUGUAGCGUCGGAGCGAGCGAGUCGCUGUCGGACACAUGUGAUGUUUGGCCGAGUAAGAUAUAAUGUAAGUCAUGAUCAGGGAAAAUCGUGGAACGUGUGAGACAACUUAUUGUAGGUGAGUGGGAAUUUUGUAAGGUUUUUCUAUCGUGCUUAACGUGCAAAGGACUCGGUUGCGAUUGGCAGUUUCGUGGUAUCAUCAACCAUUGUCACUUUUUUAUAACAUUUCCUAAACUAUUAUCAACUUCUUAAAAUUUUGAGUAUCAUACUCCAAAAUUGCAAGUAUUAUAAAAACAUUCCUUUUCUUCUAACAUUUCAUCGUUCGUCCACAAGUUGUCAAUCGCAGCCGGUUUAGUACCGCGUGGACUGAGAACGAUCUAGUUCGCGCGGACGCACCAACUGUAUAAGUCUGACUAGUGGGAUCGCGUAGUCAAAUAUAUCAAACAUUAACAAUAUUCCUACGUUUUAGUCUUUAUGACAACGAAUUAGGUAACGCUUGGUUGAUACUAUGCCAGUUUAAACAUUAUCACAAAAAAGCAGCAUAAAUUAAGCAAAUAUUUCUACUGACAUACUGAUGAGAAAAUUGCUCACAAGUCGUACACAUCACGCGACGAAAUAGAUGUAACUUCGUUAAUUACAUCCAGUGACAAAUUGACAAAUGAAGUAAUCACCCAAUAUAAUGAAACACGCAGCUGAUCCACGCUACGUAAUGUGUAGCGAUAAUUAUUUUAUGAAUACGAUUAUCACGCUAAUUUCGUGUAAAAGAAAGCGCGCAACAGACUUCUGUAUUACGCAAAGCCAGUUCCAUUUUGUCCCUAAUAAAAUGACAAAUAGGAUCCAGGUAAUAUUUCUGUGAAUAUAUUAAAAAUAAAGUUUAAACUGGUGUAGUGGGCAUGGAAUCUCAAAGGGUUGAUUUCCACUGAGGUGACAAUCGCUAGUCAAUAUUAUACGCCGGCAUCACACGCUGUUAUGUUGCAGAUUUAUUUUACGUUAUGAAGUUAGUGCGCGCAACUUGUUUGUAAACUAAACUUUACGGUUAAUUAGCCACAGUCACAAAUACACCAUUAUAAUAUGAAUUUAUACGAAUAAGAAUAUUAUUUCAAGAUUUAUAAACUUAAUAACCUAUAUUAGUGUAAGCUUUAAAUGAAUAAAGUCUUUAAUUAGAUCAGUUCUAUUCGCGGCGAUAAUUGUAUUAUGUGACUUCGAAUUCGUUAUUAUUAAGUGGAAUGAACGGUUGUAUGUCAUGCAUUAUGUAUGUAUCUGACGAACAAACUAGUUGUGCGCACUUCGCGUCUCGAAGCACAUGUAAAAAUAACAAUGGCAGCUUAUUUGUUGUUUUAUACAUAUUAAUUGCUUAUAAUGUAUUAAUAAUUUUGUAGAUAACAAUAUAUAAAUUAAAAUACGAAUCACAUUCGACUAUUACGUUUAAGUUGGACCUGGAUAUUUGAGUUGUAGCACCCGCUGGCUGUCACUCCGUAGCCGCAAGUAUUAACUAAAUAGCUUUUACACAGGAACAUUUAUUUUUGUAUGGACUUUUUAUUUUACACAUUGACAGUUGAUGAUGCACCAAGUGUAGAGAUUUUUGUAUGCGAAAACUUAGCGAUAAGGUUAGGUUACAUGUAACACUGUAUGAUAGAUGAUCGGGGAUGUUUUCCUCAGUGUGUAAUGUUUGCGCGUGUCACUAUAUUAUUUGCAUUUAACUACGUAACAUCUUCUAUGACUACUAAUUUGAGAUUAUAUUAAUAAAAUAAUAAUAUACCGAAAAUAAAGUAAAACUAUUAUCAUAAUAUUACUGGAUGUAUUUGGUCUCAUUUGCAUUUGCUAAAUUGUUGCUAUUCACUAAUGAGUUGGAAGUUUACGUCGAGGAUGCUUCAAAUAUGAUUUUCCUUAGAUAAUUUAAACGGAAAACAUCCUUGAGAAGGCAAUGUCUCCUGACAUUGAUAACGCACUAUAUUUAAUUACAUGUGAUAUGUUUGAGAUAUAACUUUUGUCUACACUUGUGUGAAACAAUGCAAUUACUAGUUCAGAGGUGAGGUUACAUUACAGGCGCGUGUUAGUAAUUAUGUAAAUAUACAUACAUAGUUAUACGCUCUGCAUUGUAUCUUCAAAGAAUUAUGGAACUAAAUUUCGACGAAACAUUUCCUAAAAUUAGGUAUUGUAUUUGUACAAUAUGUAUAAAUUAUUUCAAAAAUAUUUGAAGGUGGGUAUAAAUGUAACAUGAAUGGGUACAAUUAAUUGAAAUACCAAAACAUGGGUGCUAUUCUACUAACGGGACUUGUGGCAGUUGUGGCAUACACCACACAGGUCACGUUCAUUAGAAUAGUAAUCAUAGUUUAGUGUCUUCAUAUAAUUACUGCAAGUUAUCGUAAUGGACACGUGCGACACAAGUCAUAUCUCAAAACGCAAUGAUCGUAAGUUACUAGAUCUUUUUGAUGUAUUUAAUACGUUUUAUACUCAAUAAUGUAAUUAGAAUUAAAAUGCGAGGCAAACUCAGUGUAGAGAAUUAUAAGUAAAAAAAAAAUAGCAAAAUGUACCGCCGCUGCAGGUUUUGAGCAAUUUUUUUCUUACAACAAAAUAUUGAAAGUUAAAUUUGUUUUGAGCGCGUCGGGUUAUUUUGAAAUUUACUCAUAUACACAGUGUGUGUUUGAACUGAGAGGUUGUGAAAGAGCUUUGCCUUGAUACAAUAUUGUUCAAAACACACCGUGUAUAACGAAGUCUUCCUGGAACGCAGCAUUUGAACCCGCAUUUAUUGAAAGCAAGCACAAAGCCAGUAGCGACCAGCACGGGAUCUAAUUAAGAUGGACAUAUUGAAUUGUUUAAGACUUUACAAGAGGAAAGGAAUGUGUCAGUGUCUUGAUUUGUAUGUCUCAAGUGAGAAACAAAUAGUAAUCGAUGGCGAAUGACAAAACUAUAGUGCACUAAUUUUAACAAGCUUUAUAAAAUAAACAUUGCCAAACUUAGAAAGGAAUUAAAGCCGACUUUACAUUCCUAAAGCUUUUUAUAAUAACACUUGCGAUGAUUAGCUUAAAACUUAAGUAUUUGGUACUAAAGUACCACCCUACCAGUUUUUCAAAAAUCGACUAAACUACAUUACUGUAUCAAACGUUUUAAUAGUAUAUAACUAGAUAUAGAUUAUAGAGUGAUUCGGUUUUUUAUUUUUAUAUUGCUCAAAGUAUAUUAUUUUAUAAUUUGUAUUUGUGAACUUGUGUUUGUACGUUUUUGUGAAUGUAUAUUAUCCGAUGUAACGAGCCAAUGUAAGUGCAGUAUGUAAUAUUUAACAAUAAUUUAUUUAUUAAUUUGC